UCGUGUUACCAUAAGGGAAGUUAUGUCUGUUAGUGGAGCUCAAUACUGUUUUGUGCAGUUUUUAGGGAUCGUUUAACCGUUUUGCUCCAGGAAUUCUACCCGGAAAGCUCAUUGCUGCAUCAGCUCCAGCCUGAGAGAUCCAAGCGGAGCCAGGAUGUUCGCGGGCCUGCCGGAGCUCGGGAUAGCCAACGGCGAGGACUUAAAGGAAACUCUAACUAACUGCACAGAGCCUCUCAAAGCCAUUGAUCAGUUCCAGAUGGAGAAUGGCAUCCUGCUGCCGACGCUGCAGUCCGCUCUGCCCUUCCUCGACCUUCAUGGGACCCCACGGCUGGAGUUUCACCAGUCUGUCUUUGACGAGCUUCGAGAGAAGCUGAUGGAGCAAGUCGCUGUCAUUGCAGAGGGCAAAGAUGAAGACCGAUAUGGGAAGCUUGAAGAGCUGCUGGAGAAGAGCUUUCCUCUGGUGAAAAUGCCUUCCAUACAGCCAGUCGUGAUGCAGGUGCUGAAGCAUCUACCCAAAGUACCAGAGAAGAAGCUGAAGAUGGUCAUGGCUGACAAAGAGCUGUACAAGGUGUGUGCUGUGGAGGUGAAGAGGCAAAUCUGGCAGGACAACCAGGCUCUGUUCGGAGACGAAGUGUCCCCCCUUCUGAAGCAGUACAUCGUGGAGAAGGAAGCAGCCCUGUUCAGCAGUGACCUCUCCAUCCUUCACAACUUCUUCAGUCCCACGCCCAAAACCCGGCGCCAGGGCGAGGUGGUGCUAAAGCUGACCCAGAUGAUCGGGAAGAACGUGAAGCUGUAUGACAUGGUGCUGCAGUUCCUCCGGACGCUCUUCCUGCGGACGCGGAACGUCCACUACUGCACACUGAGAGCCGAGCUGUUGAUGUCUCUGCACGACCUGGAUAUCAGUGAGAUCUGCUCCGUGGACCCCUGCCACAAGUUCACCUGGUGUCUGGACGCCUGCAUCCGAGAAAAGUUUGUGGACAGCAAACGAGCCAGAGAGCUGCAGGGUUUCCUGGACGGGAAGAAGGGCCAGGAGCAGGUCCUCGGAGAUCUGUCCAUGAUCCUGUGUGACCCGUUUGCAUGCAACACCCUGGUCCUGAGUAUAAUCAGGAACGUACAGGAGCUGCUGAGUCAGGACGCUUUGCCCAGGGACAGCCCAGACCUGCUGCUGCUCCUCAGGAUGCUGUCUCUGGGUCAGGGAGCGUGGGACAUGAUCGACAGCCAGGUUUUUAAGGAGCCUCGCUUGGAUUUAGAGGUGGUGACCCGCUUCCUGCCUGCUAUGAUGUCUGUGGUUGUUGAUGAUCACACCUUCAUAGUGGAGCAGAAGCUUCCCAGUGAGGAGAAAAGCUCCCUGACGUACCCCACCAACCUGCCAGACGCAUUCAUCAGAUACCUGCUGGACAACAGAGUGGCCUGUGAAAUGGGGCUCUAUUAUGUUCUGCAUAUCGCCAAGUUGAGGAACAGGAAUGCCCUGCAGCGGUUGCUGCCUGCUUUGGUGGAGACCUACAAUGACAUGGCUUUCGGUGACAUCUUCCUGCACCUGCUGACUGCUCACCUCACCCUGCUCUCUGAUGAGUUUGGAUCAGAGGAGUUCUGCUCCGUUGUCUUCGACAGCUUCCUCCUCACUUCCUUCUCCAGUAAAGAAAAUGUCCACAGACACAUUCUCCGCAUGUUGCUGCAUCUCCACCACAAAGUGCUGCCUUCAUAUUUGGAAACGCUGAUGCAAACACUGGAGCCCCCAAAACAGUGCAGUGAGCCACUGAAGGAGCUGCACAGUCAGCUGACGGAGAAGCUGGAGGCCCAUAAGAAGAGUCCGACGCCCCCAGACGAGCCUACGUCUCUGGACCUGGGGCUGCAUCCUGUGUCGGUGCCCACCACCUCCUCCUCCGCCCCAACCACCCCGGUCUGAGGGCGGCCGCCAGCCGAGGCGGCUGUGGAGGAAGUACUGUUACUGGCUGCUGGCCAGAUGGACGUUGUGCGUUUCUGUGCUGGAUGACUUCUUCUUUCUGUCACCUUUGAUAGACGUUAGGUGUUUCCCUCUUGCAUUGCAUUCAGCAUCUGAUUAUUUUCCUUUUGGAUGUUUUUUUUUCUACAAUUGUUUCAUUUUUGUGUAGAAAUAUUGUAUUUUCAUACAUGACUCAGUUAUUUGUGUGGAAUAUUUGAUCUGUGGUGUAAAUAAAGUUAUUUACAAAAUAAA